AUGCCAACAUCAUCGAUAGUAGCCUCACGAAAAACGCGAGCGACCAGUGUGUUGUCACACGUUAUCGAUGGUUCAAAUAUGCUUGAUGAGUUCCAUUCAAAUCUUCAAUCGCCAGCUCAAUUUAUUAAUAUUUACAAUCAAUACUAUCAAACUGUAACACCUCGAUCAAUAAUUGUUACCAUUCUUUGUAGUAUAUUAACAAUAGAAAAUGUUGAUAGAAAAAUUCAAUUAUUUAUUAUUGAUUGUUUAAUAUCAAAUCGUGAUAAUUUAUCAGAGAUACAAUUUAAACAAGAUCUAUUGCCAUUUAUUAAACAAAUAUUUACAACAAAGGAUGACGAUGAUGAUAACAAAGAUUUAUUGUUAUCAACCAUACGAUUAUUUAUUGUACUCGUGGAACAUCGAACAACUAUUCUAAGUUUAACAUUAGCUGAAUGGUUAUCAUAUUUAUUGAAUUUUCUUGCUACAAAUCUUUCGUCAACAACUUAUUUAGUAUACGGAGAAUUAAUUGAUGAUUUAAUUUCAAAAAUUGUUAAACAAUUUCCACCACUAUCAAAAGAUGUUAUUGAAAUUCUUGGUCGAUCAUCAUUUAUUAUUUCCACAAAUUUUCUGCAUCAAUUAAAAUCAUGGAUACAAAAUUCAGACGAUACACGAUUAGCUUUCUUUACUAUUCAUUUAUGGGAAUCAUUAGCUUGUCUUCUUUGUCGAUUAAUAAUACGAGGUCACGUAAAAGGAAAUGAAAUUCUCGCUGUUAUUGAAGAUGCUUUCAUCGUUCAAAAUUAUUCGAUUCGUAGUGCUGCAUUUACCAGUUGGUCAUCGUUUAUGUCCUAUAUUCAUCGUUUAGAUGAUAUCGAUUCUCAACUAUUAAAUAGUCGUUUAUUAAAAUUAUUUUUAACACCAUUUUUAUCUGAUUCAACAUCAAAAAGUAAAUCAGCAUCAAUAGCAAAAUGUCGUGCAUGGAUAACACUUAUUUCACUGUAUCCAAAAAAUAUCAAUGAUGUUAUAUUGCCAUUUCUUUCAUUUGCUUUUGGCAAUCAUAUAACAUCAAAAACAGUGUCAACCACAACAGCAUGGUGGUCAGAGUGUCGUCAAAUAGGAGCACAAUUUAUGCAUGAGCUUUUAAUUAAAAAUAAUCAUAGUGAAUAUAUUCUUACCAUAGCCGGUGAUCAAAUACUUAAUUAUUUAUUUGAUUCGAUUGUUGAUCAACUAUUAGAUUAUAAGAUUAAUUCAAUAAAAUUUGAUGAAAAUUCAUUAUGGUUAACAAGUUGGAAUGCAUAUUUAAAUCAUCUAUUAAAUAUAUUUAAAUUAAAUAAUGCAAUUCAAGAAAGCCAACGUGUAGCAAUUAAUACUUGCCUAUUAACACGUAUUGAACAAUUAUGGAUCGAUUCACGAAUUGAAACACGUUUUCUUUUAAAAUUAUUUGAAACAUUUGAACAAAUUGGAUUUCCGCUAGCUAUCGAGACUGUACUACGAGAUUCGAGUACGCGAACAAAAACUUUAUCAGCUGCACAAAUACAUCCUUCAUCAACCAAUCAUAAAUCGCAGGACAAGUCUUUAUCGUAUUGUACAACAUUAUCCGAUCAGUAUCUUCAUAUAAUGUUAGAACAUGCUAUACGAUUUAAUGAUGAAGAUCAAACAACAGAAGAUGCUUAUCUUCAUGUUAUAUCCUAUUUAAUAGAUACAUUAUCAAAAACAUCGGAUGAAAAUUUUUGUCAUCAAACAAGUUCAUUAUUGCUUAAAUGUUCAGUUGAAUUAUCUCAUCAACCGAUAACAAUUCCAUAUUUAUUUUGGCAUAUAUGGUUUCGUUGUUCAACACUCUUGAUUAACAUUCUUAAUCGUUCAUAUACAUUCGAAUUAAACAACAAAAUCGACAGUCAAAAACAAGAAACAUCUAUUGAAUUAUUACUUCGUCCAUUUAAUUUUAAUGAUGUUCAACGUUUGGAUUAUUCUUAUACAUUAUUAUGGAUACAAUUAUUUAAAGCAUUAUGUCGUUUAACAUUAAUUAAUAAUGAUCAAUCAAAACAUUUCUUAAUUCAUUUACUUGUUGAAUUAUUACGAAAUGAACCUGCAUUUGAGCAAGCCAUUUAUGAUCAAAAUAAUCAACGUCUAUUUGGUUUUAUAUUAAAUGUUAUAAAAACUGUAUUAAAAACAUUCUCCGAUAUUGACCUAUCAGUUGUAUUCGACCGAUCAAAUAAUAAUCAUAACAAUAGUAAUAAUAGUAAUAAUAAUAAUUUUGUUUAUUUAUUAUCGAAUACACAAAAACGUUCAUUACCGUCAUCAUCGAUUUUACUUUGUUUUACACAAAUAUCAACUAUAAUUAAUCAUGUAUUACAACGUUUAUUAUCUAAUAGUGAAAAUAAUAUUCAAUAUGUAUUUGUUUGUCAUUGUUUAUCAAAAACAACUAAAGUCUCAUCGAAUGAACAGACAAAAUCAGUUGUAUUUACAUAUAUACGUGAUCUCAUUGUUGAUCUAUUGAGUCUAUGUAAAAUUUAUUCACAUGUUGAUAUUAUUUUUAAAAAUCUAACACAACUUAUUCCAUUUCUUCAAUUGUACGAACAAUCAAUAAAUAUAAAUUUAUCAGUGGGUUCAUCGCCUGUAGCUUUAAAUAAACAACAAUCAGAUAAUGUUAUAUUAAAUAAAAUUUUAUCGUUAAUAUCGUCCGUAUUCGAUCCAUCGAAUAGUUCAUCACUUCUUCAACUUAUGUAUCCAUUGUUAAUACUUGCUUUUCAACAUAAUAAAACAAUUAUGAGAAAUAAAGCAAGAAAAUGUUGGAAUGAAACAUUCGGGCGAAUGACAUUUAUUGUCUAUCCAAAUGAACUUAGAAUAUGUCUUCGCGAAUUAAAAGAUAAAGAACAUUUAUUAUUACCAUGUUUUCUUGCCGAUCAUGAUAAUAGUAAUACAGCUGGUAGUGGACCAGCACCAAGUAGUACUGAUGAAAGUCAAUUAUCUCAACAAAUCGAUAUUGUAACUCCAUUAGUACCACCAAUAGUAAAUAAUCAACAGCCAAUAAAACCUUCUUCGCCUGCACGUUUUGUAAUUCCAUCUUUACCAUCAUUGAAUCGUUCAUUAAAUUUCGAUAAAUAUGAACCAGUCUAUGUUCCUAUAACAAAUAAUAUUAAUCAUAAUAAUCAAUCAGACACACCAGUUGUUAUUAGCAAACGUGUAUCAUCAAAAAAUUCAUGUUUAACAGAAAAACAAAAAGAAAAAUUACGUAAACGUCAAAGCAUACCAUUACUUUGUGAUGAUAAUAGUAAUACACAAUCAAAUUCUUCUACAAUGGACACACCAAAUAUUGAAAAUAUGAUGAACAGCUAUCAACAACGUCGAAAUACUAAUAAAGAAAGUACAGCUAGUGUAUGCCUUUUUAAGCAAACACUCACUAAUCCUACACAAGAAACGAGUCCUGUAAUUGAAUCCUCAACAAAAUCGGAUGAAACAAUAUCUGAUGAAGUAGGUAUUACUGUGGAAGAUAUCCCUGUAAAAUCAUCGAUUUCUAAAAAGUUACGUCGUUCAUGUCGUCCAUCAAUAUCAGGACGAAAAAGUCUACUUCAUAAUGCACGAAAACAACGUGCACAUCCAUUGACGAACGAAUUAACUCAAACCGUAUCGGCAAACGCUGAAUCAAGUACUAUAGAACAAAUAAAAAUACAACCAAUGAGAAGUAUUCUUAAACGUUUAUCACCAACAAAACCUCGACUAGAUCAUACACGUCGUGUUGUUUUUCAUGAUCAAGUUAAAGUCAUAGUUUUUGCUUCGCCAUCACGUCGCGAUUCAAAUACACAACUGAAAAAGAAAAGUCCUAAUAAAGAUGAUAUGAAAUCACCAACACGCAUUAUACCAAAAGAAAAUCUUCCAUUACGAAAACAAUCGAUGACUAUUAAACAUUUAAACACUAUGGAUAAUAAUGAACAAAUCGUUAUAUCAUCGCCAUCAAUUAGUAAUAAUAUUAAACGACGUUCAUCGAAAUUAUUUCAUCCAAAUGAUGCUUUAGCUGAUUGGACACAAACUCAUCAAAUAGACCAGCCAACUUCUACUUCAAAUGAAAAACAUUCAUGCGUGUCAAGUGAAAUAAACGCUGAGGGUGCAUUUUUCCCAAGUUUAAUUCAGUGUGAUAAACCAAUUGAUUCUUUACUUAAUAUUUUAUAUGACGAUGCAUGCCCUAUAAGUACUAUUGAAUACUUUCAUUCAAUUAGUAUCAAUACUAUCGGUGAUCUGGCACGAGCAACAGCAGUUCAAAUUGAAACGUAUCCUAUUCCAUCACCGAAACUCACUAAUAUUCAAAACGCACUUUCAUUCUUGUCACGGUGA